UAGAUCUGCUAGGCCGAAGCAGACAGAGAAGUUUCAACAUUUAUUUGAUAAAACGGUCAGUUAGACUUCCAUAACCAUCGCCAAUAUGUCAAAACUACAGUUGUUGAAUGUGUUCGUCACCGAGCGUUUGUCGGCGGCUGCUGUGGAGAUAUUCGGGGUCGUGGAGAAGACUAUAGCAGAGUAUCAGGAAGAAAUCUGCCGUUCAGCAGAGGAGAACGAGCGUCUACGGAGGCUGUUGGAUAUGGUUAUCAAACCAGAGAUAAAGUUACACAGAGCUGACUUCCAGCUACUCACUCCCACUGUUCCCCCUGAGCAGCAGAACUGUAAGCAGGAGUGGAGCCCCAGUCUGGGGCAGGAGGACCCAGAACCCACACAGAUUAAAGAGGAACAACAGGAGCUCAGACUCAGUCAGGAGGACUCACCUCAGCCCUCACAUCUUUAUCAAAACCAAACUGUGGAUGACGGAGAGCAGGGCACUCUACCUAUCAUCACAACUGAAGAGAUCAAAGCAGAACCUGAUGGAGAGGGCUACAGAGUACCAGAACCAACCAGUGAUCAGCCCCUCUCAGUUCAUCCAGACUUCUCUGCUGCAAUGGAGAAAACAUAUCAGUGUAAACAAUGUGGCAACAGCUUCACACGUAAGGGACACUUGACCAUCCAUUCAAGGAUACACACUGGGGAGAAACCUUAUCAGUGCAAACAAUGUGGCAGAUGUUUCAAUGUUAUGAGUAACCUGAAACAGCAUAUGAGAAUACACACAGGACAGAAAUCUUCUCAGUGCAAAGAUUGUGGCAAAUGUUUCAUUCGGAAGUGUGACUUGGACAGACAUACAAGGAUACACACAGGGGAGAGAUCUUUUCAGUGUGAAAACUGUGGCAAAGCUUUCAACCAGAAGAUAGAAUUGACAUUGCAUAUGAGAGUUCAUACAGGACAGAGACCAUAUAGCUGUCCUGUAUGCAGUAAAAGGUACAUGGCAUUAAGCCAUUUAAGACGUCAUCAGAGCGUUCACACAGGGGAGAAACUUCACCAGUGCAAAGAACGUGACAAAUCCUUUAGUAAUAAAGGAAGCUUGAAGUCGCAUAUGAGUACUCACACAAUAUCACUGCAAUGAGUGCAGCAAAAGCUUCAGCCUGAAGUGAAUCUGAAGUGAAAACAACAAAUUAUACUUUAUCAUUGUGGAUUUCUUGUUACAUCCAACGUUUAAAUUAAUGUUAUGUUCUAUUUUCUGGCACUU